AUGAACAGUGAAUUGAAUGGCAAACUGGCUGACUUCGGCAUUUCAAGAGUGACAGGAAUUGGGGAAACUUCUCAAAUCGAUACAACUAUAAAAGGAACUCCUGGAUAUUUAGAUCCAAUGUAUUAUAGAACUCAUAAGCUGACGGAUAAGAGUGGUGUGUAUAGCUUUGGAGUCGUUUUGUUUGAGCUUAUAUGUGGCCGGAAACCCAUAGAUUUAAAAGUAUCUGCCGAGAAAACAUUGUUGACUGAAUGGGUUGCAUCUUAUGCGGGAGUAGAUAAAGAAGGCGCCAACAGUGAAGAAAUAGUUGACAAAAGGCUGGGCAACCGCUACAAUAUGAAAUCCAUCGUUCAUUUGACCAAUCUAGCCUGGAGAUGUAUUCCAAGCGAGCCUUCCGGUAGACCAAGCAUUAGUCAGGUUGUGGCGGAGAUCAAGGAAGGUGUCACAUUUGAGGAAGAGUAUUAUCGAGUUCCAGAUGAACUCUCACUCACAUUCACUGGCAGUUUUUCAGGUUCUAGGUUUGAAAGGGAUAGUCCAUAA